AUGUCUCGUGCCACUUCCUACGACCCUUUUGCAUCGUCGAAUCGAGCAAGCUCCGUGAUUCGUGGCAGUGGACUAUCGAAUAGCGAUUAUACACCAAGAAUUGGUUCAUCUUAUACGAGCAGAUACGGUAGCACUGAGCAAUUGAAUUCCUCCGCCUCCUCCAAAUCUUCAUCAUACCGUCCAUCUUCUUAUCGUUCUGGGUCAAUAACAUCUGGAGGGAAUACAACGGUGGGAAGUGCCACGUCAUCGUAUACUCCGAGGAAUGUGAGAGCGGGAAGUGUCAGUAUUGGAGCGUACGACCCUCCUCGAUCCACUCAUUCUGACUCGGUGUCCUCAUCAUCAUCGUCGACUUUUUCAAGAUAUCGACCCGAUAAUUCAAUAUCUUCCUAUACUCCGAGCCUCUCGCGCUAUCGCUCCACAGAUUUAUCGCCUACAUCUGACUACUCGACUUCCAAAUACCGUAGUCCGGACAAUAGCUACAAUAGCAGUCGAUGCUCUUCUACAGUAUCUUCUGGAAACCGAUAUUCACAUAAACCAUCAUCCGCAUAUUCCUCGAGAACAUCAACCUCGAGUUCUUAUAGAAGUGACCGAGAUUAUAGGUCAAUGAGCAGAACUACUGAUAACGAGGAGGAGGUGGACGAAAUCGAAAGUACAUUUCGCAAGUUGUAUCGAAAAUAUGUCACUGAUAGUGAGCCGGAUUUAUCGAAAACUGGAGAUAAAGAGGAAUCGUUGGCGGAAAAAGUCGCACGUCGUUUCGAAUCAAAAAGUGAAGCGGAAGACGAUGAUAAAUCGAUUUCCGAGGAAGACGAGGAUGAAAUUCUGACGAAAUAUCAAGCAAAAGGAUUGAGAAGAGCUAGCUCAGCGAGCUCUAUCACCCCACGUGCCUCUGUUUGUAACUCUCCGAGCAAAGACGUUACACCAAAAUGCUCUCCAUUACCAGCCAGAAGAGUGAGCAAUUGUUUUCGGAAAGAUAAAACAUUUCAAGUUCAGGAGCUCCAAUCAAAAUCCGAAUCACGAUCCGUGUCUCCCGAGAUGAAGCCGCUGACCAGGAAUUUCCAAAUGGAGGCUACAUUUGGAAGUGUAGUUCCAGCUAAAAAAGUUGAAGAAAACGUCAAAAAGGGUUCAGAAGACGUUCCCAAGAAACCGAUCCCAAACGAUGUUCCGAAACUAGUAGAUAUGAGUUCAGACGAAGAAGAAGAACUUUCGACAUCUGAAAAAGAUGAAGAAGGACCAAUAAAGAAUGCUCCAGAACCUGUGGAACCCAUCAAAAAAGUUGUGUCAUCUAUAAAAAUCAAUGGGAUUCCGGUGAAGGAAUCUGAGCCGGCGGUUCGAGAAGAAGCAGUGAAAAAAGAAGAGGUCGUGGCACCAGUUAGAAUAAGAAUCCGAAGUGAUCGAUCACCGUCAAAAACAAGAGAGGUACCUUCCGAAUCACCUAAAUCACCGGAAAAUCUCAUCUCAUCAGCCGUGAAUAUUGUACUAAAUCACCCGGAUCCGCCGUCAAAACCAACAGAAAAACCAAUCGGAAAAUCCGAAGAGUUCUCCAAAGAAAAAUCAUCAGAAAGUGACACUACAACUACAUCAUCCAGAGCAUCAACUCUACGAAAACGUCGUGAUCCGAAUCGAACGUUGGAGAAUUUACAGACAAUUUUGAAGGCUGAAAAAAUGUAUAAUGGAGAGGAAAAAGAGGAGAAAAAACAAGAAUUGAAAGAAGAAGAGAAGGGAGAAAAUGAUAAGGAAGAACAGGAAAAGAAAAUCCGUCGAAUCCCGAUCCCAUUGGUUCUAAUCACCGAACCAUCGAACCCGUCAACUCCUCUUGCUACAACUCCUGUUACUACUGCAGCCAGUAUCUGCCUCUGGAACAAUACAGAUGCAAAAAGAACGUCAUCAUCAACGGAAGAAGACGAGGAAGAAUAUUAUGAGGACGAAGAAGAAUAUUCAUCCGGAGAGUGGACAGAAGGAGAUGAUGAUGAAGAGUAUCUAACAGACGAGGAAGAAGAGUAUUCAGUGUCCCAAACAUUUUCCCUUAAAGAUCAUAUCAACCUUGGCGAGCUUUAUCCUCUUGCUACAUCGACAUCCAACACAUCUGCUUUGGUUUCUGAAUUCGAUGGAGAUGCUUUCUUGGUUGAUACUCGGAAGGAAGAAUCGAGAGGACGUGUGGAUAGUCUUUUUGCAGUUCCAGCUCCAACCUUCACUUGUAGUGUCACUUACGAUGGAAUGUUGCCUGGAGAGGAUGAUGAGGAGUGGUCAGAUGAGGUUCACAGUUGUGAAGAAGGAGACGAUGAGGAUUUUAGAGUCCUCCCAAUCGCUCGUCCUGGAUCCUCUUCCCUCGGCGCCUACAUGUCACCUGGAAGUAUGACUUCUGAUGAUGAAAAUGGUUCAAAUUACGAUGGAAGAACAGUUGGAUGCACCUUGAAAUUGGUAGAUAGAGCAGCAAGAAAAGAUUCAGAAGAGUCAGAUGAAUCCGAAUAUUACGAUGAUGAAGAAGAGAUUGAGGAUGAGGAAUAUGAGGAUGAAGAGUAUUGGGAUGAAGAAAUCGAAUAUGAAGAUGAGGAAGAAGAAUACCCGUAUGAGGAUGAAGAAGUUCUGGAAGAAUAUGUUGAUGAAGAGGAGGAAGAGGAAGAGAAUGAUGUAACGAUGAAAAGUGUAGAGUCUUCGGAAGAAGAAGAAGAGAUGAGUGUAAUGCUGGAAUCAGAGAGUCAUGAAUUAUUUGUUACUCCUCCGAUCAAAUUAAUGACGGAGAGUUUUGUGGAGGAGAUGAUUGAGGAAGCAUGUUAUGGAGAGAUUCCAGAAGAGACACUCUUCGCGUUGGAUGAGGUGGAAGUCGAGGAUUAUACGGGUCAAAAAGACGUCCACCUAAUUCCGACAUUCGUUCGUCAAAUGACUGAAGACAUCCGUGAAGAAUCGACAUCUCGUUUUGCUACCGACAGAAAGCCAGCUACCGAUUUUGCCAAAAAAGCUGUAAUUCAACCGACGAAACUGGAAAAAGUUCAAGUCGGAACGAAAAUUGACACGAAAUUGGCACCAAAGGAGGAAGAGAGGAAAAAGAGAGAAGAAGAAGAGGAAAAGAAGAGGAAAGAGAAGGAAUUGGAGAUGAAGAAGAAGAAGAAAAAAGAAGAGGAAGAAAAGGAGAAAAAGGAGAAGGAAGCUAAGCAGGCAGCAGUUUUGGCUGCUGGCAAGGAAGACAAAUCAGCUCUCCGGAAGUCCGCACUGAACAUGAAAGAUGAAGAUGCCAAGAAGAAAGUUGCAACGGAUGAGAAAGUUGCCGCUCAAAAAGCCCGCCGUUUUGGUACCGUAUCCGCGAUGGCCGGAAAAUUUGAUGAAUCUGAGGAAGUGAAAGAGAAAAAAGAGGAAAAAGUGUUAUACAAAAAGUCGUCACGUCUAGAGUCCAGAGAUGCAGACAAACCAAAAAGAGUCUACGAGGUCAUCAAACCAGUUAUCAAUGAUGAUUUCGAUAAGCAGAUGGAAGAAAUUCGAAAACAAAUGAAAAGUGGAUCGAAUCAGUUACAAAAUAAGAUGAAAGACUUGUCAAAGGGUAUUCUAACAGCUACAGAAGAGGCUAAGAAUAAGGAAAUGGAAGAGAAAAGAAGAGUGACGACGGAAAAAGCCACUGGAGCUUUUGGAAAAGCUGAAGUAGAGAAAGCUCGAUGGAAGGCGAACCGAGAUGCUGCUGCAGAAAUGGAAUACGCCAAAAUCGAGGCCGAAAAACAUUUGAAAAAGAAGCGCAUUUUAAUUGAUAAGCCAUCCGGAGAGACGGUUUUAAAUGAAAAGGCUGAAGCUCCGAAGAGAACGAUUCGGAGAUGGAAACCGCCUCCACCGGAUCCAAGUGGGAAAUUUGAAAUGUUUCAGCUGAUUCGUGUGGAAAAAUCCUUACAAAUUCCCCAUUAUUUUUUUGGUGAAAUAAUAUUAUAUUUGAAGCUGAAAAUUUUGUUUUUGAAUCUGCAUGUUUUUUUACAAAAUUCCGACGCCGUAAUUCCCUCGUUUUCUUGUGGUCCCAAAGAAGCCGCGAAACCAAAACCAGCGGUCACAGAAUCAAAAUCAUCAAAACCAUCGACUCCAACAGCUAGAAGAAAGUCUCUGGCUUCUCCAAUACCCAAGGAUACUGUAGUAACUACAGUAGUCCCAUCAGCAGCAAUUCAAAACAUUCCAAAGAGCGAAGGAGCCGCGGCGACUAGGAUUCGGAAUCAAGCGGCUGGAGUUGGAACUGCGGCCCCACCUACCGUACCAGCCGCCGCCUCUCCAGUCCCUUCAACUACCGUACCAUCUGUCACUGAUUCUCCGAAACCACAGAAUCGGCGAUACAAUGCGAGAAGGAAAACUCAAGAAAUUGUAAAUGAGUCCGUUGUGAAGCCAAAGACUUGUCGGCGUAAGAAAAAGAAUCCAAGAAAAGGCAAGUUCACAAGAACUGAUAGAGAUGCGGAUUUACUAUUGGGAUACGAGAAGAAUUCUACUUUUGAACAGCUUGAAAAACUGUUUGACCAAGCAAUGAGAAACCGUCGCCCGCCCACGAAAUUCGAGAAGAUUCGAAGAAUGGCUCCAUCAAAAAUUUUCAUCAGUGAACUAACUGAUAUUGAUAAAAUCUACAAGUCUUCUGAAAUCAGAGACAUCAUUGCGUCUGUAUUUUUGCUUUAUUAA